GUAAGACGUGAAAUAUUUUCAAGUCCGAUGUGUAUAUUUUUUAUAACGCAAAUUAAGACUAUAUUUAUUCAAAAGGUGUUCUGCAUUUUGAUGUGUAAAAUCAAUGUGAACGAUUUGUUCGCAUUUUCCUCAUCGAACAACCAUUUUUUGCAAAUUGUUUGUUAAAAAGUGCAGUGUUAUUUUGAUUUAUUUUCGAUGUAAAGCACCAAUAGCAUUAGCUGCGGAGCAAAAGAAGAAGAAAAGAAAAGAAGAAAAAAAAACGGAUUCGAGAAGAAGAAACAAAAAUUCGUAUUUUUAAAAUAGUGAGAAAGUGUAAAUGCUGUGACACAAUAAGUCUGAAGAAUUGAAUUUUUGGCAUUUAUUCGGUGUGUGAAUAAAAAGUACGAACGGAAUUAUUUGUCGUACUAAACAAUAAAUGGGAAAUCAACUAAAUUUACUUUUAUCAAACAAAAGUCUGCAAGGGCUUUUGUUGAAUUUUCUUUGCAUCGGACAAGAAUAAUCAGUGAAAUAAAGUGGAUAAACAAAGAAUUGAAAGGAUCAACAAAAAUUUAAAAUUUUCUAAUAAACUACAAUCAAACGCAAACGACUAGACAUCUAUCUACAGAAACGUUAUGUUCAUCUAUGUCAUGGCUAAUGCUGAAAAUGACAGGAGAAUCGACCACACAUACCUCCGCGAUGUAGGAGGCACAUUUUUCCCUAUUAAAUUGAUAGAUAAAAAUUUAUGCGAUACUUAGUUGAAGCAAACAGCAAAUAAUACAACAAAACCAAAAACAAAAAAUUAACCAAGAAGUUUGAAGGAGUGAGAUGAUAUAGUCUAUCAUCAGAUAACAACAACCAACAAAAAGUUGACCGUUACAAGGAAAUUUUGAAAUGAUCAUCUAAAACAAAGUGUUUAUGUACUGACUGAAUAUAACAUUGAGGUGGUUUUCAUAAUGAAAAAAGAAAAUUGGUUCAAGUAAUCAGUUGAAAAUCAAAAUUGCAAUUUAACAUAUAUUUGUUGUAUAAAGUUGCGAACCAAGAAAAAAAAAAAGAUUAAAUAAAGUGAAAGUAAUCUAAAUAUAGAGACAUUUGACUGUCUAAAGUCAGACGUGUGUGUAAAUAAAUAGUUGAGUGUAGAGGCAAAGAGGUUGGAAAAUAUUUAUUAAAUUGAAAAAACGGCAAAUGCACCACAGAUAAAUCAACCGGGCCGGAAAGGAGGAACGAAUAUUUAAAGUGAAAAUAACAUUGUGCGAUAUAUAUAUACAUUGGGAUAAAUUCGUUGAAAUGACUUCGCCAUCGUCGAGUAUUGUUGUUGUAGAUAAAAGUGGCUCUGUUGAUGCUAGCAAUUUGAUUCAGUCGUCACAACAUGUUCAUCAAAAUCAACCAAUUCGAGCUCAACAGGUGAUUCUCAACGAAGAUUAUUUGAGCGGUGACAAUAUCGUUCGGGCUGGCAAUGUUAAUUAUUUGAUACCAAUGCCGAGCUCAACCGCACCGAUGAUCAAACCAUCAACGAUCGGUCAACAUCCAAACUCGAAGGUGCAUGUUAUCAGUAAUGUGACACUGGUAUCAAAAGCUGAUCAACCUCAGCCACAAACAAUUAAUUUUGUAAACAGCAAACAUGUACAGCCAUCGAACGCAACAAUCGGCAAUCGUGCAUCCAUUUCGAGUGGCAAUUAUGUAAAUAUAUCAACGAAAUCUCAGCUACAGAGCAAAAUGUUUAAGUCGCAAACAAUGACACAAAUGGAUCAACAAACACAUAUUGUUUCGGCUCAACCAAUUCAACAACAACAACAGCAACACAUCAUAACUAAGCAUUUGAAUAAUGCCAGUGCAAUUGUACAAAAAGUUAUACCACGCAAUAUUCUUGUUUCGACAAGUCGAAUUCAAAAUAAAAUUGAUUCAACAACAAUAACACGAACAACACCAAUUGCACAGCAUCAAACAAAUCAAAUGUCGAAUGUGAUUCAAAUCCAAAAGCCGAACACUAUUGCAAUUACUAAAACGAAUAGUUUAAAUGUGAAUAAUAUUAAAAGUACAAAAGCAAAUCAACAAGCCAUUAAAUUGGUAAAUCAAACGAUUGGUGGUUCUGGUGGCGGUGUCACAUCAACAAUAAAACAUGGAAAUGCUGGCACCGUUAAAACGAUAACAACAAUAAAUGCGAUAUCGAAUCCGAAUACAUUGCAGCAAAAGAAUCAAAUCAAGGCUUCAUAUGGUGUUCAGAAUUCGAAGACAUCACAUCAGCCGCUUCAACAGAAGUCACAAUUUACCGGUGUUCACAGCAAUAUCUCCUCUCAUAGCAGGAACAAUAACAACAACAAUAAUAACACCAUAAAUGCAAAUACCAAAAUAGUGCAACACACGACACCACGCACAAUAAUGUCUAUGAACAAUAUGUGCGUUCAGCCAAAUGUAAUUGGCCAGAAAGUGACAACAGCCAAGAAUGCAUCUACCGGUAAAUAUAUGGCACAAACGAGUUCGAACAUUUCGAACAUUAGUCAGACGCCAUGCAUGUCAACGACACUGUAUCGAUCGAAUGAGAAUUUACAAACGGGCGACCAACGGGUGACAACAUAUCGAACGAUUCAGCCAACGGAAACUAGACCGUCGUCGAUGACCAAGUCGAUUAUGAUAAAUCAUCCCAUGAAUGUUAAUUCCGAAAAUAAUGGACAACCAUCAACGAAAAAGGAUACCGAAUGGAAUCAAUUCCGUCAUCGAAAUGGCGUUGAUAUUGGCGUUCAUGAUUUUCAAAGUACUUCGGAUGGGAGUGCAAAAUCAACGACGAUACCCGGGUCAGUGGACGAUGUAAUUAUGGUGAAUGGAACCCAUAUGAGUGAGGAAAUGUCGGCGCGUAUUCUACAGAGUUUGUCACAAAAAGUCGUAUUCCAUACCAACGAUAGUGCACACAAUAGCAAUGUUACAAAUAUAACAUCUAAUCGAAAUGUACAACCGGCUCAAUCACAUCGUCCCAAUCAGUCUAGUUCACAACCAAUUCAUCGUGCGAUACAACCGGCACCGUUUAAAACAGCACAACCAUCUCGACCGUAUACCGAAUAUGCCAAUAAAAGUGGACCUGAAUACUUUCGCGUUAAUACGUCAGAUAUUCAGUCAACAACUUCAACAUUUGUUGAUAAUAUACCGCUCGUGUCGGCUAGAGGUGAUGAAAGUUACUCAAAUUCAAAUGACAUGGAAGAUGAUAUUAUCGGUGAAGAGGUGAGACCCAAACCAAUUGAUGCCUCGAUGGAUUCUAGGAUGCGAGCAUUACAUGCAUUACUACAGGAUCAUACUUAUGUGCAGUGGCCGGCUGAAAAACAAGCGCAAUUAACAGCAACAAAUACAUCGAUUACGUCAAAUAACAAUAGUGUACAUAAUAGCAGUACUUCUGUCACAAAUUCAGUGUCUAGUAAUCUUUCAGAGCCAUCUGCGACAAGCUUGCUUACAUCUCCAAUAUCUAAAACCAAACCGAGUACAACGAAUCAGUUGACAGAAAAUAUUGUCACCGGUAAUAACAAUUCUUUGCCGAAUCAAACGACCUCUCCAAAUGUAGUCGCUAGUAAAUAUCAACAACAAAUAAGUACAACAAAUCAUAUACCCGGCUAUUCGUUUGGGUAUAACGAAAUGAUGAAUGUCAAGGACGAUGAUGCGAACUCAGCAAUAAGUAAUGGAUCGCGAAAUCGAUCUGACAUUGAUCCAGGCGAGGAGACUGAAACAGCGCCUGAAGCAGGCAAUGAUGAUGACUCUGUAACACGUUGCAUUUGUGAAUUGACACAUGAUGACGGUUACAUGAUAUGCUGUGAUAAAUGCUCUGUAUGGCAACAUGUGGAUUGUAUGGGAAUUGAUCGACAGGACAUACCCGAAGAGUACAAAUGCGAAUUGUGUGAACCAAGGGCGAUCGAUCAAAAUCGAGCGAGAACUUUGCAACUCAUGAAACGUAAAGAGCAACAAAAUUUCCUAAUGAUGAAACAAUCAAAUCAAGCAUCUGGACUGUCAGUCGAUUCGAAUACAUCUCAGGCCAAUACUGGCGAUCGUGCUCAAUUAAAUGCAUUUUCAACAAUUGUUGCCAACAAAAAGAAAGGAACGCUGUCGGCGAAAAGUCGAAAAGUUGAUUUAUUUGGUGCUGCAAAUAGUAAGCGAAAACGUACCGAUUCAAGUCGAGGUGGUAGCAAACGACGCGAAUCGAAAAAAUCAUUAUCAAAACGAAAAUCGCAUUCAGGUUCCGGAUCCAAUACAACGACACCAGUGAAACCAAAUUCAUCAACGGUUGAUAAUGACAAACAAUCGGUGAGUUUACGACAAUGGAUCGAUAAUUAUGAAGCAGCCAUGACAAAUCACUAUUCACCGGAACUACGUGCCCGUUUGCAUUCGAUCACAAAGCAAAUGUCUUCGUCCACAUCCACGCCGAAUUUGUCAAUGUUAAAAAAUAUUGGUUCAUUAGAUAAUAAAUGCACAACCGUGCCACAUGCUGGAGGUAAAAUUCUAAUAAGUACCCGUGAAAUAGCCCCGAACAAUCCUGUGAUAGAAAUCCGUGGUAAAUAUAUGUUAAGCACCCAGUUCAAACCACAACAGCAAACCAAUUCACCCACAUCGACGAAUGGAACGCGAAACUUUUCGAAAAUGCAACCAGGACCAUUUUUGUUUUUCUAUCGAUUGCCAAACGAUGGACCAGAAAUAUGUGUGGACACACGAACUUAUGGUAAUGAGGCACGAUUUGUACGACGAUCGUGUCGACCAAAUGCUGAAAUUGUUUAUAGCAUCGAAAAGGGAACGCCACAUCUAUACAUUGUAUCCUUAAAUACGAUUCGAUCGAGCACCGAGAUCACAAUUAAGCAUGAACCACAUGAUUUGGAAUCGUUGGAAAGUGGUGAAAUUAAUGCACCCACAUCGACAAUUUGCGGAUGUGGUCUGAUCAAAGACUGUCUGUUUGGAGUGAGUAGCAGUAGUAGUGGUGGUAGCAGCAGUGCUGUUCAACCCACAUCACAGCCCGGAACACCAACUUCAUCAAAGAAAUCAUCGAAAAAACCGAAUGGACAUGUUAAGGACAAAAUGACAUUCGCACUUAACAAAAGGAGUCGACUUGAUAAAGCAAAUCGAAAACAAGCAGAAGCAUCACAAAUCCUAUCGGGUAGCAGUAGCAUUGGAAUUCUAUCUCCAUCGAGGUCAGGCGAUGAACUUGAUGGAGCCAAACCUAAUGAGAAUGCAUCGACAAAACCACAAACAAUACAGGAAAAAGCUCAAAAAGAGCAGAAUAGUGAGAAAGUACAGGAAAAGGCAAAUCGAAAGAAUAACAAUUCAAUCGAUGCGCCUUGGACCUCUGACCAAAAACCGGAACAAUCCCAAUCAACGACGCCGGGGAAAUCAUUGAGUUCUGAUUCAACAAAAGUGAAAGAGACAGCUAGUGUUGAGUUAACUCCACAGUCACCAUCUAAAAAUGAUGUCAAAUUUGAUGUGGCACCAAAUCGAUCGAUGAAAUCACCGCCAACGACACCGAUAUCGGCAGCGUCCACUAUAAAGUCGCCAUUAAAUAAAUCAAGUCACAAAAAGCCAACCAGAAAAUCGACAUGUAGCAUGUCAGAAGACACUGGCGAUGAAUAUUCGCAGAGUACGCUGGCUUCAAAGGGUGAUAAAGAUUCAAAGAAGACCGUUGAAAGCAAGAAACUGACACGUGAAGAACGCAAAAUGGAGGCAAUCGUACGUGCAUUUGAAAAAAUGGAGAAGACUGAACAGCGUAAAAAUGAACAAAAAAAGAUGGGUUCAAGUGCGCCCACCAGCACUAGCUCAUCGAGUAAAAAACGCAAUAGUUCGUCAUUUGGUAAGGAUGAUAAAAAAUCGAAUAGCCAAAGUGGAAAGCGUAAGCGAAAACGUGGUAAAUCAUACAGUCAAUCGAGUGGCCAAAAACGACGUCGCAACCGUUACGAUUCACAUAACUCAGACGAUGGCAAUACGUCGGACGAAUCAAGUACACCAAUGAUGUCACCAACGCGCUUACAUGAUUUGGAUCGACAUCCAAGGACCCCGAAAGAGCAUCGUGAUAAAGGUGAUAAUAUGGCAGCUGGGCUGCUUCUUUCAUUAUCAAAUUAUGGAUUAACAAAGUCAUCUGAGAAAAAUAAUUGUCUUACAUCUCCAGACCGUUAUAAUGUGACCAAUAAAACACAAUCAAGUACACCACCAUUUGCAGUUAGUUCAGCAUGUUUGUUGAUCGAAGCGGCUGUAGGUCCAUUGGAUAAUGAUUUCAAAUUGCCGACAAAAACGAAAACCAAGAAAACCAUUAUGAAUGAAUGGUUACAUCAAAGUGACGGUUCAACAUCAUUUUCAUCGCAUAGUCAUGAACAGCAACUUUUAUCAUCAUCUACUUCAGUGGACAAUUACACGCAUAGUGAUUCAAAUACAAACAUUUAUUCACAUGAAGAGCCAAGAAAUUUGAGUAUUGCUGCACAAAAAAUCGAAGAAUUCAUCCAUUUGACUUCCGGUGAACACAUAGAUGAGGACGAUUGUUCGAAAUGGAGUGGAUCACCGAUUUGCACUUCAUCUGAUGCUAUGACAGUCCCAACACCGUUGCCAACACCUCCACUUCAAAUGGGAAGUUCUGUGAAAAAACGUUGGCUGCGUCAAGCCAUUUCGGAAGAGUGUUCAGACGAACUAUUGGCCAGUUCAGCCACAUCAUCGCCGCCAAAUGGAUUUAUGGCACCAUUGAAAAAGCGACGAGUUGUUCGACAGUGUUCCGAUUUGAAUGCAGAAGAUUUGCCCUCGCCAAGGGAGGACACCAAAGAUUUGUCACUUGAAGAUGAAAAUUCAGAGAGCAUGCUCAAAGGAGACACUGAGAAAUCACUUCAAGAUGAUGAGCUUAAAGUUGAGCUUAACAAAGAUGAAGAAAAAGAUGUCAAAACAAAAAUGGAACCGAACUCAGUCAAAUCAGAAGUAGAUGAAAAUAAAUCGAUGCUGGCAGAUAUCGAUAAAUUUGAGCCAAUCGAGUCUGAUGAAGACGAAGAAAUGUGUAGUCGAACAGAAAUCAAAGAUGAAAUCGAUGACAGUCAAGAUAAAUCUCUGGUGUCAGAGAGUGCAAAGCACGAACUUAUCAGUGAAGAUUCAAAAUCGCAGGACGAUGGUGACAUGGCAUCUGGCUUAGACGAAAUAAACGACCCGAUUAGCAGAGAUUGUAACUUUGAGAAUACUGAACAAAAAGAAGACGAAGAAGAAGAUGCGACAACGUCUGAUUCAAUGAAUCUCAAUGUAUUGCCGAAAAACGAAAUCGAAGAUAUUCAACAAAAGUUACAUUCAUUCCACAGUGAAAAUCUGAUGAUACUGCAAACACGAAACAAAAAACGUGCAUCGCGGGCCACAACACCAACACUGGACGAAGCAUCAAACAGUAAUAUCUCAAAAGACUCCGUACAAUCAUCAUCUAGCGGUGAAAUUGCAACAAAAACUACUCACAAAUUCAGUUCUGAUGAUCGCGAAUAUAAACGCGAACCAUCGGCGAAGAUACAAAAUGAUGAUGAAACAUUGUAUAAUCAAUAUACGCCAAAUGCGGGCCUAGCUUCAAAUUCAGUUGGUACAAAUCAGCCAAUGGCGACAGCGCAUCCAUUUUCAGCAUAUGUUAUGAAUAGUGCACAUCGAAAUGAGACCAAUCAAUCUAUUACACCUGCACAGAUGUAUCAAACACCUCCACCACCACCUGGCGGCUUUCCAAGCGUAAGCACACAAAUUCCAGCUAAUAUGUCGUCGUCAAAUUCAUUGUAUCACUAUUUGGAAAAUCCAAAUCGGCCACCUGGCUACAAUCCGGGAUACAAUGCACCGAUAUUUCCAAUACAUACAAAUGUACCACCACCAACGCUAUUAAACAGCAGCAACUAUCUAACUAAAAGUUAUUCCACAUUGAGCGAACCAUCAACACCGGUAUCUAAUGUGCCUUCAACACCAACUGGUUCAACGACAUCAUCUUGUAAUAAUAGCCCAAUUAAUCCCAAAGUGCUAACACGUACACAAAGUGCUGAUCCACGACUAAAUCCACCCAAGGAAUUGCCACCAAUAACACCGAAACGAAAAUUAUCCAUUAACGAAUAUCGAAAACGGAAACAACUUACAACCGUUCCGGAUAGGCCGAAAGUCGACCGCAUUGAGAAGGCUGAAAGUCCCAUUGAUUCUACAAAACUAACGCAAAUUGAGGACAAACCCAAAAAUGGCAUAUCCAUUGAUACACCAAAAGAAACAGUAUUCAGUCCGGCGCCCACACUACUGGAAAUGCAACAAGAAAAUCUAUCUAAGAGGUUGAAAUCUUAUAACUUGCAAGGACUUUCCACAUCACAGGUUGAAUUAAUCAAAACAACGGAUACAGUACUGGAAAAUGAAAUUUCAACAUCAAUCUCAGAAGCUUUGAACGCCACUGCAUCUAGCAGUAAUAGCAGUUUAACGUCAAUUUCAUCGCCAAAAUCCGAUUGUGAUUUUGAUGAAACUGAAAUUCAUGACACAUUGCCGAUUCAAACCGAAAAAGAAGAUGAUGAUGAACGGGAACAAGAGCAAGAACCAGAAGAGCAAGAGCAGGAAGAAGCAUUAUCGACUAGUGAUACUUCUGCCGAAGCGAAUCCAGGUGAUUCAAAAGAAGACAGCAAAGUAGAACUAGAGACAAAUGAAAACGAAUUCGAUCUUGAGCCUGCGGAACCUCAACAAAGCGAAAGCAUUGAAUCGACAGAUACAUGAAUUUCACAUGGUGAAAAUUAGAAAUAAGACCUAUGCCCAAUGCCCCCUCACAGAUGAUGACCGUAAUUAAAAGAGCUUUUAGGUUGUACUGCAAACAACACGAAUCAAUUAUAUCUAUAUAUAAAUAUUUUUUUCGUUUCUUCUGAUGUCUAUAAGAUAGAUCGAAGAAAGACACAUUUAAUUUCAUUGGAAAAAUUAUUAAUGUGUUGCAGAACAUUUCAAUUGAUGAGUAUUAGUUUAAAAUCAAUAAAUAAUUUGGCGAAAAUGUUAAAUAGCAACGCAUUGAAAAUCGAUGUUAAUAUUGUAUGCUAAUAUUGAAUUCCCAGUGGGAUGAACCAUUCAUAUACAAAUCGAAAUUCAAUGUAUAAAAUCUUGUUCAUUUAUGACAAAACUCAACAAACCAAAUAACAAAAAUGACACAAACGACAGAAAUCACAGUAUUACAACAAUAUAUGAAGAAAAAUCAUUUACGUUAUCCAAUGACUUUUAAUGGGUGAGCUCCAACAUUUUAAAAGCAAUAUUCACCUGAACAAACAAUAGAAAUAAGUAAAUGAAUCCAGUGAACAAAAGAAUUAAUACUGAAUCAGUUUGAAUCCAGAUGAAAUUGGAAAACAUAUUUUUUUUACCUUCGAGUACGAAUUUUAUAUUAUUUAUUUGCUCAUAGUUUAUUUAUAAAGCAUUUUCUUUCUCUGAUCGCCAUGCAUUUUAUUAAAUUUCUUUUUUUUUUCUAUUAUUAUCGAUGCCAAAACAUACAAUUAACAUUUAGUUAAGAAUACACACAUGAGUUGGUAUGUAUGUUUUGGUUUCCAUUAUUAUGUCAUUAAAAUGAAGAUGAUCAAAUUGAAAAAGAGAAAAACAAACAAAUACGCAUUAUAAUUGGUGCAUCCUACUUACGUAAUGAUCGAUUUAAUUUUCUUAAUCUAAAUUGAAAACUCAUUAUUAUUUUUUUGGGGGCCAACAAACCCCAAAUUUCGAAAAGAAAUUCCAUUCGAUCUUUCACACGUAAUCUAAAACGUAUGUAAAUAAAUUUUUAAACAGAUAUUUUCUACUGGAAUGUAUGAAAGAGAUAAAGAAAAAAAAAGAUGAAAAAAGAAACGUAGAAAAAGCAACAAUUGAAAUUAGGCAUAAGUAAAAAGUGUAAAUAACUGCGCCAAUUAAUUACUUCAUAUAUUUACAAUUACAUUUAAUUUGAGAUAUAUUUUUUUUAAAUACUUACUAUAUAAACAAAAAGGUUACAACAAUAGUCGAUAAUAGAUAGAUCGAUAAUUUUUUUUUCUCUUCUUUUUGAAAACACAAAAUGACUCAAAGCAACUAUAAACGUAUUCUAAGAAUUUGAUAGAGUUUAUGAUUUUACACCUAUGCAUAGGACACAUACAGACCGCUACUUCACACUCGAAAAUGACUUGAUUCAUUUCUUUCUUUUUUGAGUAAAUGUAUACAUGAAAAGCAAACAAAUACUACUUGAUUAUUAUAGAUUGAAA